AUGUAUGAGUAUAAAUUAAAGUACGAGUAUGUGGCCAGUACUGGUACAAGAGGCAAACUGGGAGUUGUACAAGAAACAGAGACAGAAGCAGCUCUGUUUGAGAAGAAAGCAGAAGCACAAAUAGCAUUGGCAGAUGCAACAUUUUAUGCUCGUAAACAAGAAGCUGAAGCAGAGUUAUAUUCAAAGAAAAAGGAAGCAGAGGGGGUUGUGACACUUGGACAAGCUCAAGGAGUGUAUGUAAACACACUUCUCAAAGCACUUGGAGGCAACUAUUAUUCUCUAAGAGACUAUUUGAUGAUAAAUGGUGGCAUGUAUCAAGAGAUUGCCAAGAUUAAUUCUGAAGCAAUACAUGGACUUGAACCUAAGAUUAGUAUUUGGACUAAUGGUGGUGAUAAUAAUGGUGGUGGUGAAGGUGUCAUGGGGGGUAUGAAGGAAUUUGCUAAUGUGUACAAGAUGUUGCCACCUCUGUUUAAGACUGUUAAUGAGCAAACAGAGAUGUUGCCUCCUACUUGGAUGGGAACCUUAUCUGACAAGAGCUCUUAG